AUGCUAGAGGAUCAAUUGUAUGUUUUGUGCUGUUUUCUAGCUUCAAAAAGUGACGCUUUACGAGUCGUGAAGUUGAUUUUGGGGCAAGAUCGGUUAAAAUUGGUGGAAGUCUUGAAACUGAUAUGUGUCCUCUGGCCGGAGCUAGACGAUCCGCUUCGAUUGCUAGCGGUAUUUCAGAGUGUUGAAGAGCUUGAAAAUUCCGAGAAAACUGAGCUGGAAACUUUAGAAAGUUUGAUCGGUGAUGAUCAAGAACUUAUCGCUGCAGUGGAAGCGAGUCCCGAAACUUUAUCGCAACGGAGAAACGCACUGCAACGAUAUGUAGAAAUUGAAUUGAAAAAAACCAAGAUUGGAAUUACGAUAGAGAGCUCCAAUUGGCAAUUCGCGUUCUUUCAAGCACGAGUAUUGAUUUGUAAUUCGGUUGUCGAAGAUCCACUCUUUUACAAACCUUUAUGGUCGAAGCUAAAGUCGGCCCAGAACCCUAAUUUUUUGAGCUGGGUAUCAGGUAUCUUGAAACCCUUAUCACAUUUCUAUAAUCGUACAGGGGCACGGCUGCGCAUUGCCGAAUUUCAGUCGUUUCCAGCUUCCAAAACGUUGGACUUGCUUUGGCAGUCAGUCCAAGAUGCGGAAGAGUCCAAGUUCCGAGGUGCGCUUACCUAUGAGCUUCUACCGUAUCUAGAUUACGUGGCUGGCUACAAUGACUUUUUGGAGACUGUUUUCAACGCAAACAACUUCCGUCUCGAUUCAUUAUCAAACUUCAGGCGAUACAAAAUGCUGGCAUUGGAAUUGCUGAGUCAAAUCCCCGCCGAGUUUCAACGAUUAUUCCAAAGCCGCGUGGUCGCAAUCCUUUUCGAGAAUGGUAGCAAUCUCCAAAACCUCAACAGCCUUGAUUUGCGCGUCGAACAAAGCUUGAUUUUAUCCUCUGUGGAUGAAAAUGUCAAAAUUCAUGGAAUCGACCUCGAUAUCAGGACACUUCAGAUGUUCGCGCAAAAAAUGGAUCUGCUACAGCUAUAUGGUCUUAACGAUAUCUAUAAGCUAUCUCAAAACUCACAGCUCGUUCAAAAAUCCUGUUUCUCCACAAUGUGCAAACAGCAGCUAGAAUCUGCAAAAUCAUACGAUACACUCGACACCUUGAGAUCUUUCAUGUAUGAUGACCCUAUAUUUCCAACUCUCGAUGUUGUGACGAAGAAACUUGUCAUCGUAGAAUCCCUCUUAAGCAAGGGUCACUUUGACAUGUUGCAGCAAUUCGCACAAAACUCAAAAUUUGACCUCGAAGAUAAUGUGUUACUCAAGUUCUUCUGGAGUUUCUUCAACUCGGCAACCAGUGGACGCUCCAAUGGACCCAAUAUGCUCAAUGCAAGGAAAAUCCUGGGGCUCUUGCCCAUCGGUCAGUAUCAGGACCUUUCAGCUUUGCUAGAUGUUGCUGAAAAACUAUCAGAUUAUUCGUUGAACGUCUCAAAGGGUGUCCCUCUCAGGCCAUCUGCAUUGUUUGAAUACAAACACCGGCCCUUUGAGAUCAUAUCUAAACUCUUGGAAUUGAAUCAGGGCCUCUACAAGCGUUUGGAAGAAACAUUCGAAAUAAUGAGACUCUUGUACUCGGCGCUACACUUGGAGCCAUCUACCUCUGGCUUUGAUGAUGAAUAUACCAAAAUCUGCGCGCUGCAUAUCGACUUUGCCCUUGCGAAUUCAGACUUCGAGUAUGCCUAUCAGGAGGCCACAAAUCUAAUCCAACGGCCCAAAAGCGGUGAGUUCUGGUCAACAAUUCUCCAAGUGGGGAAAUUCUUUGAUCCUUCUUGGGCUGAAAGUGAGAUACCAACCGAAAUUAUCUAUCUACAGCUAGAAAUUCUGGGUAAAUUACUGCAUGUAUGCCCUGUAGAUGAGGUAGAGGCAGUUAUAUCUCAGUGGAGCGGACUAGAAUCCGAACUUUCAACCAGAGACUUAAUCAAUGACUUUUAUUCGCUUGCUCAUGGCGAUUCAAGUGAUUUCAAGGCCAAAAUCAUGGGGGAAGUUUCGACCAGUGCGUCGAAAUUCUUCUCUUCCGGAAUCAAAUGGGCCAUUGAUCGUGAUACGUAA